AUGUAUGCGUCGUUCGAAGCGUUCGCUCAUUGGUUGUCGCGAAUAGCGCUCACACUUUGGCCCAAACGAGCGCUCAAUUCAAUUGGUUUCGAAUGCAAUGACUAUUCGUUCGGAGGUUUGCGUCGUUUCGAGUCAUCUCUGACUCACUAUUUGUGCCGCAAAUACUCGCAAACCAUGUCUUCAGAAGAAUUGGAUGAGUUCUUCGACGCCAACGACCACUUCAUUCACACCACAGACAACGCGACACACAAUCCACAGACGCUUAGAUCGGUUGCAGACGAGACCACCACUGCUGACCAUAAGACCGAUAGAGAGACAACUCCUGCGAGCGAUGGAACCGAUGGAAGCGAUGGCACAGCGAAACCCAAACCCGACAAUGCGGUCGACAAUGAGAUGGAAAGCAAUCGAUUGGAAGUAAUGAUUGUCAACGAAGACGACAUACGGAUCAAUGCGGACGAC